CGCCGCCAUUUUAAAUCCAGCUCCAUACAAUGCUCCACCGCCACGGCUGCUGCCGCAACACGGUCCGCGCGCCAGCACCACCCUCCUGACAGUUCCGCCACAAUGGAGGACAUGAACGAGUACAGCAACAUAGAAGAGUACGCAGAGGGAUCCAAGAUCAACGCGAGCAAGAAUCAGCAGGAUGACGGUAAAAUGUUUAUUGGAGGCUUGAGCUGGGAUACAAGCAAGAAAGAUCUGACUGAGUAUUUGUCUCGGUUUGGAGAGGUGGUAGACUGCAAGAUUAAAACAGAUCCAGUCACUGGACGGUCAGGAGGGUUUGGAUCUGUACUUUUCAAAGAUGCUGCUAGUGUUGAUAAAGUUUUGGAACUGAAAGAACACAAACUGGAUGGCAAGUUGAUAGACCCCAAAAGAGCUAAAGCUUUAAAAGGGAAGGAACCCCCCAAAAAAGUUUUUGUAGGUGGAUUGAGCCCAGAUACUUCUGAAGAGCAAAUUAAAGAAUAUUUCGGAGCUUUUGGAGAGAUUGAAAAUAUUGAACUUCCCAUGGAUACAAAAACCAAUGAAAGAAGAGGAUUUUGUUUUAUCACAUAUACAGAUGAAGAGCCAGUAAAGAAAUUGUUAGAAAGUAGAUAUCAUCAAAUUGGUUCUGGGAAAUGUGAAAUCAAAGUUGCACAACCCAAAGAGGUAUAUAGGCAGCAGCAACAACAACAGAAAGGAGGAAGAGGUGCUGCAGCUGGUGGGCGAGGUGAUAGUAGGUGUUGUGGACGAGACUACAGUGGUCAACAGAGCACAUAUGGCAAGGCAUCUCGAGGAGGUGGCAAUCACCAAAACAAUUACCAGCCAUACUAA